UAUCUUUGCGUGUGUUUCUGUCCAGCGACGUUCCGCUUGCUUCAAUCUUCACAUGGCAGCUUUGGAUAAGGACAAAAAUGUGGGCCCAGUCAUGGCAAUCCCUCAGACCUCUCGUCCCGAUUUAUCCCUCAAUCCAUCACACCCUGCUCAAAGGGUCACCAGUGCUCUGUUGAAUGGUAAGAAUUUUCAUGCUUGGGCUCGGUCUCUCCGGCUUUAUCUUGGUGGAAAACGGAAAUCGAAAUGGCUAUUUGACAAAAAUCCAAGACCGAAUGCCUUUGAUCCUACUUUUGAUGAGUGGGAGGCUGACAACUGUGUUAUUCUUGGAUGGAUGUUCAACUCCAUGGAGGAUCGGAUUUAUAAUAUGGUCAUGUAUAAUGACACCGUCUAUGGCUUGUGGACUGCGUUGAAUAAUAUGUAUGCUCAUGCGCAGUGUGACUCUCGGAUAUUUGAGCUUCAUCAGGAAGUUUCUCAUGCUUCUCAGGCAGCCCUAGGACUCUCAAUAGCCGAUUUCUUCGGGUAUCUCCAGACUCGCUGGGAGGAACUUGCCCAGUAUGAGCCUCUCAGUGAUUUCCCUAAUGAUGCUGCAGUCGAGGCUAAGCGACUUGAUCGUCGUCAUACAUAUCAAUUCUUGAUGGGUUUGAAACCCGAGUAUGAGGCUCUUCGUGCUCAAAUCCUCAACACAUCACCUCUACCUCCGUUGUAUGAGGCCUUUGCCACUGUCGAUGGUGAUGAGCGGAGGCGUCGUAUUGCACCGCCUUCUUCUAGGACCAUGGAUUCUCUUGUUGUUCCUGAUCAGAUGGCGUUUGCUGCCCCUUCCAGUAACCGUCCUUAUUGCCAGCACUGUCAUAAGUUGGGCCACUUUAUUGAUCGUUGUUUUGAACUUCACCCUGAGUUAAAACAACAAUUUACUCGUACCCGGGGUGGUGGCCGUGGAGGUAGCCGAGGUGGCGGCCGUAAUCGAAGUGCUCAUCGCACUGGUGCUCUUGCUGCGAUUGAUCAUGAUUCUCCUUCACCAGACUUGAGCCAUCUCCAGUCACAGAUUGCUCAGCUACAGUUACAGUUGGGUGCUGUCUCCUCAUCAUCGUCUGGUUCAUCAGCUGUCUUGGCUGCAGGUACUCCUACUGCUUUCCAUGGUAAGUCAGACAAUCCCACUUGGAUUUUGGACUCCGGGGCUAACAACCACAUGACUGGACCUGACUACGAAGAAGAUUUUUGGAAGGGGGUUUGAGCAUGACGGUCUCUACUACUUUGGGGAGCCAACAUCAUCUGAUGUCUCAUUCUCUAGUCUUCAAGCUUCCGCACUACCAGUUUUAGAUUCAUCUACUUUAUCUUCCUCUGUUUUUUCACUUUCUACUUUAGA